UACGAGAAAAGGAUGUGAAAAUAUGGCGAACUUUUCCUGGGAAAUGCUCAGUACGAAACCGUUACUUGUAAGAGUGUGCUAGAGAGCUGCGCAACAGGAGCCUGUGUGACCUGUAGAAGUUUCCUCAGCACAUUGCCAUGGCCUGUAUUGUCAGCCCUGCCAUUACUGCCUGAGGAACAAUGGAGCAACAGGCUGUAAAGAGGAGAGAAAGGGCUGCAGGCAUCUCAGCCAAAUCCUUUGGAGGGAAAGUGGUUGAAAAUUCAAUUCUUGGUAAAGAAGAAUUUAUUGAGAAAGUACGCCAGAGCAAUGAAGCUUGUAAAAAUGGAGACUUCGAACUGGCCAUUGAGCUGUACAGUGAGACUUUGCAGGUCGACCCCCAGAACUGUAUUUUGUACAGCAACAGAUCCGCUGCUUUCCUGAAAACUCAGAAAUAUGAAAAGGCUUUGGAUGAUGCAAUCAAAGCACGACUUCUGAAUCCAAAAUGGCCAAAGGUAUGAGAUGUUAUUAUUUUAAUUAUUUAUUUAUGUUUGAUAAAUGGGGGUACAGAAAAUCUUGUUAAGUAUUAUAUAUUUUAGAGCAAUUAGACCCUGAUUUGUAGAAAGGCAACAUUUUCAUUCUUUUUACUUUUUGAUUAGGCACUAAGGUAAAACAUUAGCAAUUUACUUUUACCAGUAUACCUUAGCUCUUUGAGCGGUUCAUAGAAUUCUGCAGACACAAACAUCUGUGGUCAAAGAUACUGGACGCUGGAAUUGGUCAUGGAGAAAAUAAUUAAAAUCUAAGCCUCAAUGCAACUUAAAGCUGAACUUCAGCUUUUGAUACACUUUACAUAGUUUGUUUGGGCCAAGCUGACCCAAACAAACUAUGUCUCUCA